UGGACACGUGGGUUGCCGUUGUCUCUGCACUCCCUGUGCAGCAAUCAAUCAAGCUCAGCAAACGACAUAUCUGCGAUGUUGAACAUCAACCCGCUGGCCGCGCUGAAGAGCACCUUCGGCCGCCGCAAGAGCACGGCCAGCCGCCUCUACCACAUCAAAAGUGGUCCUCUCGCCCAGGCCCGCGAGAACGUGAGGCGCGUUCACCGACAGGUCGCGGAUUUUGAGCGGUCGUGCGCGCGGCGCGAACUGGACGAAAGACAUCCCACGCUGCGAUACGUGCGCGGCUUUUUCGCGGCCGUGCGCCACCACGAAAAAGCGCUGAGCGGGUACAACGAGGACAACGUCGAAGCGCAUGACUCGCUGGAACAAGCCACGAACCACCUGAUCGAGGCGGUGUCGACGUACAGCACGCUCGACCCGAGCGAGUUCCAGGCCCAGCUCGGCGUGGCGUUGCUCUCGGCGGUCCGCGGGCUGAACUGCCGCGAGGCCUUCGCGCAGUACCAGGCCGACCUCAAGGCGGUUACCGAGGAUCGCCUGGGGCGCGCGGUGCAGCGGGAGAAGGUCAAGACCGAGGGCUACACGGACCGCAAGGGCAAGGAGCACUCGCCGGCCGAAAUCGCGGCGAGGGCGGAGCGCGGACGCCAGUGCAGCGCCAUGCCCGGGGGCCGCGACGUCGCGCUGGAGUCGAGAACCUCGGCGGGGGGGCGCGGUUUGCAGAACGAGGCGGCGACCAAUGCGUCGAUGCGGUCGCUGCAGGAUGCGUCUGCUCGAUGGCGUCGGCGCAACCCCACCCGGUGGCGCGACGAUAUCAUUGCGGUGCACGGCGUGGACGCGGUGCCGCCGCGCGGCGCCACGCUGAGCCCGAACGGCUUCCUCGUGUGCUCCUACAUCUCGCAAGGCCUGCAGUUCCCGCCGACCUGGGACCGCAACGAGAUCGUGCGGAUCGUGGCCUACUGUCGCGAGCGGAACAACGUGCCCGAACGCGACCAGAGCGACUUCGGUACGUAUGUGUCCCCCAACUGCGGUGGCUGGGAGGUUCAUCCGCCGGUCCAUAUGCGCCGUCCGUUAAAAAUGAGCGGCGACCCUAUGCGCGUUUACUGCCCCGAGACUCGGUCCUGCGUCUUCUCGGACAAGGACGUGGCCGUCACGGCCUAUGAAAAGUUCAUGGCUCCUUCGACGUCGAACGACGAGCGCAAGAAGAUGCUCACGGUGCCGCUGGAGGCCUUUACUUGCGCGUAUUGCGACCAUAGACCGUUCGGUCGAAUAUGUGAUCGUGUGAAACACGAGAAGCAUUAUUGCAAGUCGAGGCCUGACGCGCCGGAGCCGUCGUCGUCCGAGGAGGAGGAGUCCGACGAGGACGAGUCCGAGGAGGAGGAGUCCGAGGAGGUCGUCGCGCCGCCGUCGCCGAAGCGCGCGCGGUUCUUCUCCUGGCCCUGGUAGUCGUCCGAGUAAGUAUGUAUGUGUCUA